UUACUCAACAAUCAAUAACCAAUUAACUUCUCCGAAUAAAAUGGCUUUCAAAUUUAUUACCUUCUGCACUCUUUUGGCUGCUGCUAAUGCUGGUUAUGUAUCACCUGUAACUUAUGCUGCUGCUCCAGUUGUGAAAUAUGUAAAUCCUGCUGUAGAUGCAGUAGCUACUACUCAACAAAAUGUAGUGCGUUCUUUUGGUGGUACUGUUUCUUCUUACUCUAAAUCGGUGGAUACUCCCUACUCUAGUGUUCGUAAAGUUGAUACACGCAUCAAUAACAAUGUCUACACUCCAGCUGUUGCCAAGACUGUAACCUAUGCUGCUCCCACUGUUACUUAUGCCUCACCCGCUGUUACCAAAACAGUUUAUGCUGCCCAUGCUACACCCGUAGUAGCUAAAACUGUAGCCUAUUCUGCUCCUACAGUUUACACUCAUGCUGCUCCUGCUGUUACUAAAACCGUAUACUCACACGAAUCUCCUUUGGUAUACGCUAAGCCAGCUUUAACUAAGACUGUCACCUAUGCUGCUCCUACUGCUACUACCUCAUACAAUCAUGGACCUGCUGCCACCACUUACACCCAUAGUGCUCCCGGAGUUUCUGGUUAUGGUACUAGUCAAACUGUACAUUACUCUCCAGCUGAAACCGUUUCUCACAUGAGUUUCGAUGGUUUCGGUACUCACUGGGGUUUCAACAACUUACUUACCAUGGCUUUCAAAUUCAUUACCUUUUGCACUCUUUUGGCUGCUGCUAGCGCCGGUUAUGUAGCACCUGUUACUUAUGCUGCCUCUCCUGUGGUUAAGUAUGUCAAUCCUGCUGUGGAUGCUGUUGCCUCUACUCAACAAAAUGUUGUGCGUUCUUUUGGCGGUACUGUAUCUUCCUAUUCAAAAACAGUUCAGACUCCCUACUCUAGUGUCAGUAAGGUGGACACCCGCAUUAGUAACAAUGUUUACACUCCUGCUGUUGCCAAGACUGUCACCUAUGCUGCUCCUGCUCUAACCAAAACUGUUAGCUAUGCUGCUCCCGCUGUUCAUUAUGCUGCUCCCGCUCCUGUAUACACCAAGACUUUGGUUUCAUCUCCUGUACCCACUGUUAAUACUUAUGCUGCUCAUGCUCCUGUUGUUUACUCACAUGCUGCUCCCGUCGUUAAGCAAGCCAUUGCUUACUCUCCCGCUGCUACUGUAGCUCAUGUCUCCUUUGAUGGUUUCGGUUCUCACUGGGGCUAUUAAAUUGUCUGACUUAAUAUUAUUUUUAUCACUUGUUGAAAUAAAUAAAUUUUGUUGAUUUUUGAAAUUAA